UUGGGACAAGACACGACCAGAGUUGAGAGUGUGAGAGAUGAAUUGUGGAGCUUUAGGCCUUCCUUCUCCUCUGUUUCCAAAUGCUCAUCUCUCUUCCGCCAAUUCUAACUCUGUAUCUGCGGAGGAUGCUAAUCACUUGGUAAUGGUGAAGCCAACUAUUACUCUUCCCCACCAUAAAUGGCGUUUGCUUAUAGCUUAUGAUGGCACCCACUAUGCAGGUUGGCAAUUUCAAGUUUCACCGCCAACUAUACAGUGUAUUGUGCAAAAGGCUUUAGUUCAAAUAACAAAGCUUGAGCGGGAGGAUCUCCAUUUUGUUGGUGCAAGCAGGACAGAUAAGGGAGUUCAUGCCUGGGGUCAGGUGGCACACUUCAUUACACCCUUCAAUUAUGACAGCUUGGAGACCAUUCAUGCAGCUCUAAACGGGCUUCUUCCUUCCGACAUCCGAGUUAGAGAGAUAAGUGCUGCAAUGCCUGAAUUUCAUGCUCGGUUUUCAGCAAAAAGCAAGGUUUACCACUACAAGAUUUUUAAUGACAGCAUCAUGGAUCCAUUUCAGCGUCACUAUGCUUAUCAUAGUGUUUAUAAACUCAAUACUGCAGCCAUGAGAGAAGCAGCAAAACAGUUUAUUGGGAAGCAUGAUUUCUCUGCUUUUGUUAAUGCAUCGCGCAAUGAUCGAGUGCUAGAUCCUGUGAAGACAAUUUUCCGUUUUGAUGUCAUUGAAAUGGGAGCUCUUUUACAGCUGGAGGUUGAAGGUUCAGGGUUUUUGUAUAGACAAGUUCGAAACAUGGUUGCUUUGUUGCUUCAAAUUGGAAAGGAAGCAAUUCCUCCUGAUAUUGUUCCAAAGAUUUUGUUAGCUCGAGAUCGCAGAGAGCUGGCUAAAUAUGCCUUGUCUGCCCCACCGCAUGGGCUUUGUCUUGUGGCUGUCAAAUAUAAGGAAGAGCACCUACUGCUUCCCUUAGGUAGCCCCACAACUAGCUUUGGUAUGCAUCAUACUGUCAGCAAAUGUAAGCUUCCCUUUUAUUAAUUCCAACACACACACCCAAUAGUUUGAAAAAAAUUGAACAAUUAUUCAGCAAAGAAAUGGAUUGAGAUUAUCCUAGUUGUUAAUGGUUUAUGGGGUGUCAACUUCAAGUUCAUUCCAUUGAAUCCUGGUAUAACUUGCCAGUGCCAACAGCUCAGAAUAUCACAAAAGGACUUCAUUAGCAUACCUUUGACAUUUUUGC